CUCAGGAAUUUUAAGCACAUUUAAGAAACACACGCACACAUAACAUAAGGAGGGGGGGAAAGGCUCUUCCCCUCCCCUUCUCGCAGAGAGCAUGGAAGAAAGCUCCAGUUCUCCCGUUUCCCCCGUGGACAGCUUGGGGACCAGCGAAGAGGAGCUGGAGAGGCAGCCAAAGCGAUUUGGCAGGAAGAGAAGAUACAGCAAGAAAUCCAGCGAAGAUGGCAGCCCCAACCCGGGCAAGAGGGGCAAGAAGUCCAGCCCCAGCUCGCAAUCUUACGAAGAACUGCAGAGCCAGAGGAUCCUGGCCAACGUCCGCGAGAGGCAGAGGACUCAGUCGCUCAACGAAGCUUUCGCCGCCCUGAGGAAAAUCAUCCCCACGCUGCCCUCGGACAAGCUGAGCAAAAUCCAGACGCUCAAGCUGGCGGCGCGCUACAUAGACUUCCUGUACCAGGUGCUGCAGAGCGACGAGAUGGACAGUAAGAUGACCAGCUGCAGUUACGUGGCUCACGAGAGGCUCAGUUACGCCUUCUCCGUGUGGAGGAUGGAGGGAGCGUGGUCCAUGUCGGCCUCCCACUAGCCACCGGCCGGGCCGGGCUAGCCCAGCUGCCCCAGGGACUGUCCAGYGCCUGCAACCGAAGUGGAAUUGGGAUUUCUCCAAGUUUGUAGCUUCUGAAACCUUAAAAACCUCAAGGAACGUGGUCCUAAAGACCCCUGUUGACCUCCCUCACUCCCAACUCUGGUGUUUUGGAGCGUUUUGGACUGAGCAGCGAAACAGCACCCMAGAGAGGAAGGGGCUGAAGCUUCUUUUGCAACAUCUCCCCCCCAAAAACCACUGACCAAAGAGAAAAGGAGAAGCAACAUUCCUGGCUGUUCGUUGUCAUCGGGAUUUCGUGUCUGUCUGUCUGUCUCUCCGUGCGUUUGACAUUGAAUUUUUUAUUUUUGRAGUUAUUUUCUGGAAAAAAAAAGAAAAAAAAA